CAACAACACAUGUUUUAACGAGCUCACAAGUGCUUAUUUGAUACAAUAUAAUAAUUAUAGAUAUAGUUAAAAAGACAACACUUGCUGAUUGUCCCAGCUUGUACAACUGUGCUUUGUAAACAGGUUGUCUACUUAGCUCUAUCGCUGUAAACUUGUGCUAGGCUGCUAGGAAAACUUAGCUUUAGAUUUGAUAACAUGAUGAUAAUUGUUCUAGCUUCCAUACGUCACAUUUGACGGUUAUGCUAUCUUCAGUACAAACGGAAUAAUAACGGUUAAUGCUGCAUGUCGUCGUCAUGGGAGACAAGGAGCUGAGUCUUAUUGACAAAAAUAUAAUAAGCUUGCUGGAUGUCCCCCUGAGUCCCACUAUAACUUCGCUGAAUCUGCACUGUAAUCACAUCCCAGGGAUCGAGGGCCUGACCUCAGCAUGGCACCUGCGCCACUUAGACCUUUCCUCCAAUUGCAUUUCUAAAAUUGAGGGUCUAAGCUCCCUUACUUCCCUGAGGACUUUAAAUUUAUCCUGUAACUUAAUCACGAAGGUUGAAGGACUGAAUGGCCUCGUGAACCUAACAAGAUUAAACGUGUCCUACAAUCAGAUAAACAACCUCACUGGGUUACUCUAUCUUCAUGGAACGGGAUACAAGCUGAAACACCUCAGUCUCCAUAGCAACAACCUGGACAACAUCGAUCACGUCCUGCAGUGCCUGCUGGGAUCGCAAAGUUUAAGAGAGGUCACUUUGAGCCAGGAUGGCAGAGACAACGCUGUGUGUAGGUUGCCAGGUUACAGGGAGAUUGUUAUUCAGUCCUUGCCACAGAUCUCUUCUCUGGAUGGUCUGGACAGGUUUGGAAACGCAUCAGCUGGAGGUCUCGGAAGUCCCUUUGAUAUCCCCGGACUGGAAGACUAUGUGGACCUCUUAAUGUCCUCAGAUACCAGUCACAACGAAGCGGCCAACAUGGUAAUAUACUAG